AGAGGAGGGAGGUGUCUGUCUCGAGGCCCAGUGCUGACAGGAAGAAAUGUUUUCCAGGAGACUUACUGAUUCUGACCUUCUGCUGUCACUGCUUUUAAUGCCCACUCCCUAAGGAAACUUGGGAUGUAGCUGUUCUUGCAGCCCUCAGUGCUGCAGAAAUGAAGUACCCACUUUAACCUAAAGAGCAAUGCUAAUCAGAUCUUCAGCAAAUACUAAAUGGCCUCUUUAAGGAGUGAGGGAAGAAAGACGGGUUUAUUGCAACACUGCCCUUUGGAGUCUCACAUCUCCCCCAGCAUACUGAAGGAGAAGACCAAGAAUUAUCAACACACGUGCAGGAUUCUGCCACUCUCAUGGAUUGUCCUGAAGCCGGGAAAGGACAGCUACUCGGCAGUGUGCCUGGCCCCUUAUCACAGUUUGCGGGAAGUGCUGCAGUUGAAGCUCCAGCAGCGGCGGACACGAGAAGAACUGGUGAGCCAAGGGAUCAUGCCGCCUUUGAAAAGUCCAGCUGCGUUUCACGAACAGAGAAGGAGCUUGGAGCGGGCCAGGACAGAGGACUAUCUGAAACGCAAGAUUCGCUCCCGGCCAGAGAGAUCGGAGCUGGUCAGGAUGCACAUUUUGGAAGAGACCUCGGCGGAGCCUUCCCUUCAGGCCAAGCAGCUGAAGCUGAAGAGAGCCAGACUGGCCGACGACCUCAACGAGAAGAUCGCGCAGAGGCCUGGCCCCAUGGAGCUGGUGGAGAAGAACAUCCUGCCUGUGGAGUCCAGCUUGAAGGAGGCCAUCAUCGUGGGCCAGGUGAACUACCCGAAGGUAGCGGACAGCUCUUCGUUCGACGAGGACAGCAGCGAUGCCUUAUCCCCCGAGCAGCCUGCCAGCCACGAGUCCCAGGGCUCAGUGCCAUCACCCCUGGAAGCCCGCGUCAGCGAGCCACUGCCCAGUGCCACCUCUGUACCCCCCACUCAGGUCGUGCCUCAACUCCCAGUGGGCCCAGAGGCUGGAGAAACGCUUUUCCUGGCGGAGCAGCCUCCUCUGCCCCCCAGCCUCACCAACGGAACCACGGCCCCCACUGCCAAGCCCGCCCCCACGCUCAUUAAGCAAAGCCAACCUAAGUCUGCCGGUGAGAAGCUGCAGCGCAGCAAGAAAGCCAAGGAACUGAAGCCAAAGGUGAAGAAGCUCAAGUAUCACCAGUACAUCCCCCCGGACCAAAAACAGGACAAGGGGGCGCCCCCCAUGGACUCCUCCUAUGCCAAGAUCCUGCAGCAGCAGCAGCUCUUCCUGCAGCUGCAGAUCCUCAACCAGCAGCAGCAGCAGCACUAUAACUACCAGACCAUCCUGCCGGCCCCGCCAAAGCCGGCAAGCGAGGCUGCGGGAAGCAGUGGGCCCCCGCCAAUGCGCAGCCUUUCCACUCCCAGUACCGGCUCCGGCUCGGGCGCCCCCGGGCCUAGUGGGCUCGCACGUCAGAACAGCACCUCACUAACUGGCAAACCGGGGUCCCUGCCUGCCAAUCUGGACGACAUGAAGGUGGCAGAGCUGAAGCAGGAGCUGAAGUUGCGGUCACUGCCCGUCUCAGGCACCAAGACAGACCUGAUUGAGCGCCUGCGUGCCUACCAAGAGCAAGUCAGCCCUGCCCCGGGGGCCUCCAAGGUCCCUGCCGCCACCUCCAUCCUGCCCAAGGCUGGCGAGGUCGUGGUGGCCUUCCCCGCGGCCCGACUGAGCACGGGGCCUGCCCUGGUGGCAGCAGGCCUGGCCCCAGCAGAGGUGGUGGUGGCCACCGUGACCAGCAACGGAGUGGUGAAAUUCGGCAGCACGGGUUCCACACCCCCCGUGUCUCCCACUCCCUCGGAGCGUUCGCUGCUCAGCACGGGCGAUGAGAACUCCACGCCUGGGGACACCUUUGGUGAGAUGGUGACAUCUCCACUGACCCAGCUCACCCUGCAGGCCUCGCCACUGCAGAUCCUCGUCAAGGAGGAGGGUCCCCGGGCUGGGUCCUGCUGCGUGAGCCCUGGGGUGCGGGCAGAGCUGGAGGGGCGUGACAAGGACCAGAUGCUGCAGGAAAAGGACAAGCAGAUCGAGGAGCUGACCCGCAUGCUCCGGCAGAAGCAGCAGCUGGUGGAGUGGCUCAGGCUGCAGCUGGAGCAGGAGAAGCGGGCCCAGCAGCCCGCCCCGGCCGCCGCCCCGGCCCCCACCCCUCUUGGCGUCCCAGUGAAGCAGGAAAACAGCUUCUCCAGCUGCCAGCUGAGCCAGCAGCCCCUGGGCCCUGCUCACCCCUUCACCCCCAGCCUGGCAGCCCCUACUGCCCACCACAUAGACACUUGUGCCCUGGUGCCCCCUGCGGUGGUGGUGAAGCAGGAAGCUGUGCUGCCCGAGCCAGAGCCGGCCCCCGCACCCCAGCUGCUUCUGGGCCCACAGGACUCUGGCCUCGUCAAGGGGGUCGCACCUCCCACUAUCAUCACUGACUCCACAGGGACCCACCUCGUCCUCACCGUGACCAAUAAGAACGCAGACAGCCCUGGCCUGGCCAGCGGGAGUCCCCAGCAGCCCUUGUCCCAGCCUGGCUCUCCAGCCCCCGGCCCACCAGCCCAGAUGGACCUGGAGAUGCCGCCACAGCCCCGCUUUGGGACCCCUACUUCUCUGCUGAAGAAGGAGCCGCCUGGCUAUGAGGAAGCCGUGAACCAGCAGCCCAGGCAGCAGGUGAAGAAGGAAAAUGGUUCCUCGAGUCAACAGAUGGAUGACCUGUUUGACAUUCUUAUUCAGAGUGGAGAAAUUUCAGCAGAUUUCAAGGAGCCACCAUCCCUGCCAGGGAAAGAGAAGCCUCCCUCGACAGCAGCCUGCGGGUCACCCCUGGCCACACACUCCCCACCCUCUGCUGACCUUCCCCAGGCUGCCCUGCCUCCAUCGGCUUCACCUGCCCUCCCUGGGCGCUUGGAGGACUUCUUGGAGAGCAGCACAGGGCUGCCCCUACUGACCAGUGGACAUGAGGGGCCAGAGCCCCUCUCCCUCAUUGAUGACCUCCAUAGCCAGAUGCUGAGCAGCUCUGCCAUCCUGGACCACCCCCCCUCACCCAUGGACACUUCGGAAUUGCACUUUGCCCCCGAGCCCGGCAGCAUGGGCCUGGACCUGGCUGAUGGCCACCUGGACAGCAUGGACUGGCUAGAGUUGUCAUCAGGUGGCCCCGUGCUCAGCCUGGCCCCGCUCAGCACCACGGCCCCCAGCCUCUUCUCCACAGACUUUCUUGACGGCCACGACUUGCAGCUACAUUGGGAUUCCUGCUUGUAGCUUUCAGGUUUGCCAGGGGACUGGAGGGGCUGGAAGUUGGGAGCUUCGGGAACUGUAGGGAGCUCGGCUCUCUCCUGCCUGGUUCAGCCUCUCCGUGCGGUCGUGAGUCCUGACAAUCACAGGCCCUGCUUCCCCCUCCCUGGCUCAGGCUCACUCAAGAGAGAAGCUGCCAAGCAGCAGCUCUGGGUCCACUCCUGGGUUUGAGAGGCCUGGACAGGCCAGGGGUGUUCUAUUUGACCUCCUUUUGUGAGGUUGGAGGUAACCUGUCCGGCUGCAGUUUGCUCAGGUGGGCAAGGCGUGAAUCCCUCCCUUCCCUGUGAGGGAAGAAACAAGCAGGGCCUCUACCUCCCAUUCCCAGUGGUGCCGACCCCAGGCUCCUGGGAAGGUGGGGGUUUGGUGGGGGGUGGGGGGAGCUGCCACGUUAACGUCUUGGUGUAGUGUAACCAUUUAGCGGUUGGUAGCAAACGUGUUCUGUACAGGUGUACAUACCUCUAUUAUAUAUCGCCAUACAUAUAUACAUAUAUUUUUGGGGGGGAAGGAGGAUGCAGCUCCCUCCCAUCCUACUGUGCACAUACGGAAUGGCCUGGAGACCACCUCUUCUGGGGUCCCUAGCUCCACCCUUCACGUGUGUUUGACAUGUAGACACCCCAUCACAGCCUGUACCCCACCUGUCCUGCUCCUUAUCAGUGCCACAAGGGCAGAGGUGCUUCCUGGUCCCCUGCCCACAUUCCAUCCGCUGCCUCACUGCAGCCACCACAGCCCUGGGACAGGAGGGGCAUUAGCCACAGAGUGGGGCCAGAGGUAGCCCUCAGGCCAUGGCUUCCUCCUGUGCUGGGGCCCAGCCUCCCUUCUGGCCUGUCAGUGUCAUCCACAGGGCCCUGGGCUACUGGGGAGGGAGUCACCAAAACCAGUGCUGGGACAGAAGUGGGGAAGCUGUGUGAACUUUUUAAAAUAAAAACAGAAACCCCA